AAAUGAAGCCGCCAUAAUAAAAACUUUCACAUUUUUUCAUUUCUCCCGCCAUAUUCGUCACAAUUCAUCUUUUUUUUUGCUUUCUCUUUCUCUCUCCUCACUUCAAAUCUUCAUUUUUUUUUCUACAACGCUGCAAAAAUCCCUAAAUCUAUGAAAAUUAGGGUUUCAAAUUCAAGGGAAUAGAAAUUGACAUGAAGUCCUCUAAGAAGCCGAAAGAGAAAGCAGAACAGGCUGUUGUUCAGGGAAGCAUCAGUAAAAGUUCCAUUAGUGGCAAGAAAUCUAGUAAGAGCUCAGGAGGGCGUCAAAGUAAAUUAGGAGUUGGAAAAGAUGUACUCUCUAUACCCUGUGGAGUUCGUUCGCAACAUGGUGACUGCAAUGCAAGUAUAGGCUCUAGUCUAGGAUUAGUUAAUCAAAUGCCUUCAAAAGAUGAAAAGGUGCUGCGUUCUUCUUCAAAAAUCAAAUUGCAGCUUUUCCCCAUAGAUGAAAAAAUUCGGAUUGGAUUGGAAAAGGAUGGCCAUAAUCCGUUCUUGGAGCUAACUCUCAGUGCACGAAAGAAGAUAUCAUCUGUGAUCAAUCACCUUUUCAAUAAAUGGGGAAGUUCAUGCGUUGCAAUGGGUGAGCUAACGCUUUUUCCCUUCAACACUGCAGCAGAAAAUGUGACCACUUGUAGAAAGUGGACUUUGAGUGACAUUGGCAUUAAUGCGGGAGAUGUUCAUGCAGUUCUUGGACGUCCAGAUAUUUUUCGUUUGAGGUAUGGCUGGGUUUCCUCUCAAACCAAUGCCUCUCCUUCACGGUGCACAGAGCCUGGUUAUGUGAAGAAAAGGUGUCGUUUCGUGGAGGGUACUUUUAGUACCAAGAAUGAGGCAGAUUGGAAGAACAAAGAGCUGGAAAAAUGCAAUGAGAUACUGCCGUUGAAGAUAUGGAAACAUAUGGAAGUUGAGCAGAUAGUUCCAUCUGAACCAUCUGAUCAGGUUGAGGUAGCUCACAAGAAUCAAGAUGAGGUGAAAAGUGAAGGCUUGCAGCCAAGCAUGUCCAGCAAAAUAGAAAAUGAUACUGCCGUUGAAGAUAAAUCUUUAGCUGAAUCAUUUAAAUAUCAGGAACCAAAAGUGGAUACUGGCAUUUCUAUGACAUCACUGUUGUGGUCUGAUUUAAGUAAUAUAAGCAUUGGAGGUCUUCUGUCUGAAGCAUCUAUGCAGGGAAGAUUCAACAAUGAAAACACAAAAUCAAGUAGUAUCAGAUUGAUAUCUCAGUCUAAUGCAUCUGACUCACUAGAUGCAUGUAUGGAACAAUUUAAGUAUCCUCAAGCUUCAACUACUCUAUCUCCUGAUAUGCCCUCAUCUAUUCUGGACGCUGAAAGCACUUGUCAUUCAUUUGCAUUUUCAAAAGGGUUAUCCUCCAGUAAGAACAUCUCAACUAUUGGGAAAGGUGCUUUUUCCGCGUUAUCUGAUCAGAAUGCUGCUUCAGAAUCAUUCAAGUGUCCCAAGUCUGAGGUCAAUGAACAGAAUGGUGUAUUAGGAAGCAACAAUGUUCAGGAACCAAAAACAGAUUCCCUCCCUUGUUCGUUAGGAGUGUAUAACAAUGAGAACAGCCUUGGUUUAUCAAGCAUUAGAUGGAAUGACUCUUUGGGUCCUUUUGAUCUUCCCUUGACAUCGCGGCAGACUAUCAAAGAUGAUAGUAUAAGCAUUGGAAGAUUUGUAAGAUAGCAACUUUGAUAUUCAGAUGCUCCUGGAUCCGCCUUCGGUUGGUACUUGGUAGUGGUUGAACAUAAUGUAGUUAUCUUACAAUUCAUUUAUUAUCAUCUUUCAAGUUAUGACAGGAAGGUUUUUGUGUGGUUAACAUGAAGCUGGUAUGCACUUGAAAGACAUCAAAGGCCCACAUACAACUUUCAACCAUGCAUAUAUCUGAUCUGAUCCGAUCUAAGGUAGUGUUUUGUGAUGGGGCUUAUAGCUGUUAAUAGAAUAUGUACAGAUCUAACAGUUGGUCAUUUUCAUGUCUGGUGUUUGUCUCAGACAUAAAACACCUUCAUGUGGUAGAAGUUCAAUUGCAUAUUCUUUACGUGAACGUGUGUGUAAACUGUAAGUACACUAGCUUGUUUGCAAGAGCUGGACUAAUUUCCACCAGAUAACUUUCUGGACUUCAAUUUAUUGGUUGUCAGUAUUUGAUGGUUCAAUGAAAUUAAAUAUCAGAUUGAAUCCUACAAAAAAAAUGAUGUAUUAGAUUGAAGAUUUUUGCUUUUAAAUUUUAUUUCCCUUGUGGUGAAAUAUAUUGACAAGAUUAUGAACAAAGCAAUACGUUUUUUUCCCUCCUUA